CGGACCGGCUGGAGCGGUUCUGGGAAAGCCUGAAGCCGGGGCUUCCAUAGCUCGGGAAGGCGGAGCACCAGGAGAGCUGUGAAGAACGGGAAGAUGGGAAACAGCAAAAGCCUCUCGGAACAGAAGUUCUGUCCACAGUUCCUGCCCGAGGAGCAGACUGAGGUGGACAAGCUGUUUAACGUUCUGUCUUCGGGUAAAGGAGGCUCCACUGCAUAUGGGACUUUCUCUCUGGAGGCACUGAAGAGCCACGUCAGGGAGGCUCUCCCCGCAGAAAUGGUCACCAGACUUUAUGACAGCAUGCGGAGAGUCAAGCUGACUGGGAAGGCUCAGGGACCCAGCGAGCAUGUCUCCCGGGAGCAGUUCACAGCAGCGCUGUCCUACCUGCUGAAAGGAAACUCGGAGGAGAAGAGCCUCGUGGUUCGGAAAAUGAUCUCUGCUGAGGAAGGUCCUGUGAAAGCCAGAGAGGUCCAAAAGUUCACAGAGGACCUGGUGUGCUCAGUGGCACACGUGCUGACUCACCGACGGGAGCUGAGAGGCUGGACCCGGAGCCAGGCCACAGCGCCUCCUGCCAGCAUGCAGGCGCUGGCUGCUCAGCUGCUCUCCGAGAUGAAGUUCCAAGAUGGCCAGAAGUUUCUGGGACCUCAGUGGCUAGGCCAGGACUGUGACCAAACUGUGAUUGAGGACUGGCUAUUCCGAGUCCCCCAUGUGGCCACAUUUCUGAGCAUAGUCAUCCACAAGGGCCUUCUCCUCCUCUGCUCCUCCCUCAACCUGGCCACGCUGAUCCCAGAGCGCCAAGUGGACCAGGGGCAGCACUUUGAGAGCGUCCUGGAUGUGCUCUCUGUCAUCUACCUCAACUCCCAUCUGGCCGCGGAACAUCGGCAGCGCUGGCGCCUGCUCUUCUCCACGCAGCUGCAUGGGCAGAGCUUCUCACAGCUCUGCGGGCGCAUCACAUACCAGGGGCCCUGCCUUGUUCUCCUGGAGGACAGUGACGGCCAGGUGUUUGGUGGCUUUUCCUCCUGCUCCUGGGAGGUCAAGCCUCAGUUUCAAGGGGACAACACGUGCUUCCUGUUCUCCAUUGCCCCCCGCAUGGCUGUGUACACACACACGGGCUACAAUAACCACUACAUGUAUCUGAACCAUGGACAGCAGACCAUGCCAAAUGGACUGGGCAUGGGGGGACAGCACAACUACUUUGGACUGUGGGUGGACGCUGACUUCGGGAAAGGACACAGCAAAGCCAAACCCACGUGCACCACAUACAACAGCCCACAGCUGUCUGCCCAAGAGGACUUCCGUUUUGAUAAGAUGGAGGUGUGGGGGGUCGGCGUCCCCUCCGAGACACAGCUGGCCAAGGGUAAGAAGAGCAUCCUUGACUCAGAUCCUGAGGCCCAGGCCCUACUGGAGGCCAGUGGGCGGACUCGACACAGUGAAGGGCUCCGGGAAGACCCCAGCAACUAUGACACCAAUGAAUGAGGAGCUCCCAUGCCCUGCAGGCUUCCUAAAGCUGGAACUCCUCCAAACAGCCCACAAAUGUCCUUCCUACCAGGUUGGGCUGAGAUCCUUGGACACUCUCCUCUAACUCUUGGGUAGCUUAAACAUGGAGAGGUAUGGUGGUCACAUCCAACUCAUCCUGGGCAUGCUUAAUCAGAACAGCCAAGAAAAGUCCCUCUGAAGCCAUAUGCUGAUAGGGGUCGUCUCCAGAAACCCCAUGUCAGAUCAGCACCUUAAUCUUACGUUGUGUUCACUUUGUAUCAAUGGAACCCAAAGACACAGAGAUGUGUGGAACUCUGCUAGAAUUCACAGAUGUUGGGCACAUGAAUUCUUGCCUUGUGGGGGACUCUGCCUCCUGGGAGGUACUUGCUCUUUGGCUCAGGCAUCCCAGUAAGUGCCUUCGUAGCCCAUUGUGACUGGCAAAGGACAGAUACAUUUGGAUAGGGAUGUUGACACUUUGUGGGACAGCUUCUACUAGCACGACAUUUCUGGGUUUAUAAAAAGCCAUGUCAACGAUGGCAGUAGCUGAGGACUAAGGUGGCAUGGUCCCUGGUGGUAUGGGUCCUCAGCAGCAAUCUGUAACUAGUUCUCCCACCUUAACUGACUUGGUCAGCUCUUUCUAAAUGAGUCUGGUGAACGUAUGGAAAGACUAGAUCUAUCUAUAUAGAUGCCAAAUUUCAAUUGUAUUGUUAACUCAAAUGUGGAGGCAUUCAGAGACCAAAAUCUGGGAGGUUGUUUGAUAAGUGCAUGUGGUCUAUCCCAUAAGUUAGUGGAGAGUAGCAUCCAGUUUUAGAUGGGAGCAUAAAACCUCCAGGCACUGUUAGUCCUGGUCACUGCUAUUGCCUCUUGCUCAGGGCUCCUCCCAAGUGGAUGGUGAGUAAUCAGUGUAGGUUCACAUUAAACAGAUCCCAGUGAUCAUAACGUGCUGAGCACAGCUGCCAUCCCUCUGUAACAUGCACUGAAUCAUGGCUGUCGAGAAUCCUCCACUAAAAGGAUCUGUGAGCGCCUCUCUAAGACUUCUACCUCUUGUCUUUUGCUGUAACACAGACCCUUUGCAGAUCUGAUGAAAAUGAUUUCACCUCAAUUAAAAGCCAUACUAAGCUGAA